AUGUAUAUAUCUAUCUAUCUCCAUUUACGUUCAUUUACCUUUGACGGUAUUUUCAUAUCUAUCUAUCUAUCUAUCUAUCUAUCUAUCUAUCUCCAUUUAUGCUCAUUUACCUUUGACGGUGUUUUCAUAUCUAUCUAUCUAUCUAUCUAUCUAUCUAUCUCCAUUUAUGUUCAUUUACCUUUGACGGUAUUUCCAUAUCUAUCUAUCUAUCUAUCUAUCUAUAUCCAUUUAUGUUCAUUUACCUUUGACGGUAUUUUCAUAUCUAUCUAUCUAUCUAUCUAUCUAUCUAUCUCCAUUUAUGUUCAUUUACCUUUUUUCGGUAUUUCAUCUAUCUAUCUAUCUAUCUAUCUAUCUAUCUAUCUAUCUAUCUAUCUAUCUAUCUCCAUUUAUGUUUAUUUACCUUUGACGGUAUUUUCAUAUCUAUCUAUCUAUCUAUCUAUCUAUCUAUCUAUCUAUCUCCAUUUAUGUUCAUUUUACAAUUUUCUAUCUAUAUCUAUCUAUCUAUCUCCAUUUAUGUUUAUUUACCUUUGA